AUGUUCAGCAAUCAAAAUUACCUGUCAAACCGAACAGACUGUCAGAAUAUCAGCGAGAUGGAGAUCGAUGACAACCAGUUCGUCGUCGACGAUGUCAGCAAGAUCGUCAAAGACACCAUCGAGAACGUUCUAACUGGAACCAGCUACCAGCAGGAAAAGGUGAACCAGUGGAGCGCCAGCGUUUCCGAGCUGUGUCUUGGCACCCUGAGCAAGCUGAAGAAGCAGUUCAAGUACGUGGUGACGUGCUCCAUCAUGCAGAAGACCGGCGCCGGAUUGCACACUGCGAGUUCUUGCUACUGGGACAGCGCCACCGAUGGGACUUGCACUGUGAGGUGGGAGAACAAGUCGAUGUAUUGCGUGGUCACUGUAUUCGGGUUGGCCAUUUGA